AUGCCCUCCUUACUUCCUCCUCCCGAAGCCAAGCGGGCGCAACACCCCCUUGCUUCGCGCGGCGGCCUACAUAUACAUAAGCGGCCGCUGUUCGCGCCAUACGCUGCCCCAUAUAUCGGCAAACGUAUACCAAUGGCCAUCUACACCGUCAAUGUCAACACGUAUCAUACCAACCGCGCACGCUUCGAGGUGGAGGCGGCCGAGUCGGCGCUGGUGAAGGAACAGAUGGCGUGGGUGCUGUAUAAGAACAAGUAUGAGAAGUGCGGGAAGUGUGGGUCGUGGGGGAGGAGGCUGGAGGCGUGUGAGGGGGGAUGUAGGGCGGCGCGGGAGGAGGAGGCACUGCGGAGGGUGAAGGGAAAGGAGGGUGGGGAGGGGGUCAAGGGAGGGGCCUAG